AGUUUGACGCUCAGGAAGUGGAUUAAACCACCAAAGAUUACCACAGAUUUCAUCCCCGUCGCCCUGUCGUUACAGUAGUUUUUCGCACAGUUGAAAAAAAAAACAUAGUUUCAAAAUUGUUCGAAGUUAAUUUGGGACGAUAAUGCUGAAUGGUUGCGCUCAUGAAAUUCACCAGAGAUAUAUGCAGACUUUUGGGACUGGGAAGCGGCCCUGCUGUCCAGCAGCAGGGGGAGCAGAUGGACUGCGGUGCAGCAACCCUUGACCCGGGUCACGAUGCCUCUUUGUCACAGGAUGCAUUAAAUGGAGAGGAGGAUAUAAGUGAGGAAGAGAAAGUCAGAAGGAAAGUGGAGCGACGAAAAGCCAAGAGGAAGCGUCGGCGAAAAAGAAAAAAACAGGAACAAAUCAAGCAAACGGACAGUGCUGAACAGGACGAUGAAGAGGACGGCGUCGCAGAAUCGGAUCUAGACGAGAGCGAAUCCGAAGCAGACAAUGUUCCUGAAGACGAGAAACAAGCGGCGCAAAAAGAGGGGAAAAAAGAGAUCAAACCAACAGCAAUACCGACGACAGUCAUUUCUCCUGAAGAAAACAAAGGACAGCAGAAAACAAAAACCAGGACCUUGGAAGAGGAGCCAGAAUGGGAUGUAAGCAGUGCCUUCUUUGCUCAUGCUGCGAGCCAUAUCAAACCCAAAGGAGCGAGUCGCAAAUCCAAAGAAAACAAAGAGAAUGAAGCCAAAAGAGAGACAAACGGGACUGACAGUAUGACCAAGAAAAGCGCCUCGCUGACGGAAAAAGGGAUCAAACUGGUGCAGGAGGGGCAGUACGCACAAGCAGUCAGUAUGUUUACAGAAGCCAUCAAAUGUGACCCAAAGGAUUACAGAUUCUUUGGGAACCGUUCCUAUUGUUAUUACUGCUUGGAGCUUUACCCUCAGGCUCUGGCAGACGCUGAGCGAUCCAUCCAGCUGGCUCCAGACUGGCCCAAAGGUUAUUUCCGCAAAGGCAGUGCUCUUAUGGGCUUGAAGCACUACAGUGAAGCAGAGAAAGCCAUGGAGCAGGUCCUGAAGCUGGACGAAGACUGCGAGGAAGCCGAAAACGACCUUUUUAACUGCAAACUUCUGCAGCUUAUGGAACUUGGUUUUGAGGAGACGCAUAGUGUUCGACUGCUGGAGAGCUUCACGACGGUGCAGGCUGUUCUGGCGUCUUGCUCUGAUGCUGCAAAAGCCGGGAGCCAAGACCCCUCCAUUGUGCAACCGGGAAGCCCGUGCCCGUCGCUGUGGGUUGGAAACGUGACCACGGAGCUAACAGAGAAACACCUUCGGGACCUCUUUAAAAUAUACGGUGAGAUCGAGAGCAUCCGCGUGCUGCAUGAGAGAUUCUGUGCCUUUGUCAACUUCAGGAAUGCAAACAUGGCGGCUCGAGCAAUGGAAAAACUAAAUGGUCAUUGUAUUGAGAACACUCGUUUAGUGGUGCGCUAUCCGGACCGGCGAGCGCAGAGGAUCCUUCCUGUUCCACUGAAGAGUGUUCCUGUGUCACAGCAAGCAGGGGCAGCUGUGGGUCCUCGAAGACGCGGUCCGGUCAACGGAGAUGAAUGUUACUUCUGGAGAACCACUGGCUGUCAUUUUGGAGACAAAUGUCGCUACAAACACAUUCCCGAUCAGAAAGGCAAAGACAGGAAACCGUGGCAGCCGUGAGUGAGCUCGGUCCGAACGACGCACAGGGAAGUGAGACGUGCCAAACGAAGUGGUACCUAUCGGAUCAGGAUCUCCAGGCUGCAAGUACUUUUUUGCAACAGAAUGGGCCAGAAAAUCCAAAGGAUCGUAGCCAAAAGCUUGGCUCUAAAAGAAAAUAAUUAGGAAGCAACCAGCUGAAGUUUUUGACAUUUCCAGACCCACUUCUUCUAUGCAGUUGUAUUUUCUUUGAGCCGAUAAGCUAGAGACCCAGACAAGUGCCUUAGAGGGGAGGAUAUUCCUGUAAUUCACCAAAGAAUCAUAAAAUAGUUGCAGAAUUAGCCACAUAUAUAUUCACUUUUUAAAUCUAUUGGCUGCCCUCGUGUUGAAAGAUCGUUUUGGAAGAGUGUCUGUAAAAAAAAAAUGGAGGACUUGCUGUUCUGAUAGUUUUAGGGUGUGGUAGCAGAAACGGCACCUGAAAACAUUAUGCAAUGCAGUCCAGUUAUUACUGCUUUUAAAAAGACUACUGCUCAGUAUUUGCUGUUUUUUUACAGUCGGGGAUUUUAGGUGCUUCAUCCCACACUGUAGAAUGAAUGGAUGUUUGCCCACUUUAAGGUGGAGCCUUCAUUAGUUGCCAUCACAACAGUAUAAGCGUUGGUAUGCUUUCUUCAAACACUGGCUGCGUAAACCCCCGAGUUCUUGAUGUCUAUGCAAAAACCACGUGCCUGUCAAACUCAGUCGGACCUGUUCACCAAACUCUAUCUUUUUAAAACCGUUUUAAUGUUUAAAGUCAUUUCAGUAUUUUAGUGGGACUCUGAAUUUGGCCUUUUUUUUCCUCUUUUCUUUGACACUAGAUAGUACAUUACCAACCACCUAACGUGUUUCAUCACCACCCACUAAAGAACAACUACAAGUGAAGGCCACACUACGUUCCUAGUACACUAUGAAAUGCAGAGUAUUUAUGUUAUUUAUGUAGGCUUUUUUUCCUCAAAAGUUCAUUUUUAACACAUUGCAAAUAAAAUCAAACUGUUUUUGCUGUAAAAAGUUUUUUUUUACCCAUAACUUACACACUUUGGCAUUACCAGACAAACUUUAAAAGAGGCCUAUUGUCACAUGCUAAAACUUCUGCUUUUCUUCUCAUUUUCUGUCUUGUGGUUGAAACUGAGCUUUUAUUCCCAUUUCAUGACUUCACUUGUUUGUCUAGAGCACUCGUUCACCUCUUGUUUAUUUGCUUCUGUUAAAUGCGGUUCACAUUACAUUUAAAUUUGCAGACCCACAACUUGUGUAACUUUUGUGCAGUUCACUUUCGGACUUUCAUAUGUAACUGUUUUCGUCUCCUGAACUCCUUCAGUAAAAUGUAAUCCAAAUUUGUAUGUACACUUUAAUUACAACAACACUGCAAUCUUGUUAAAUAAUCUCCUAAAUAUUUUUAUUAUAAUUGGUGCACUGCAAAUAAAGGUGUUUUAUAUUUAAUAAAUAUAUCUGAACAACCA